ACAGUUUUAGGAAAACAUUUGAAAGCAUAAUUUUUUAUCUUGCGUCAGGGUUUUAGUCAUGAUAAGAGUUUUUGGUUUGUUACUCUAACGUACCCUGGCCUGUAUUUUAAUUAAGUUUUGGAUACGUGGCGAACAUGCUCGACCAGUCACCUAGCAAAUUCCGUCGUUGUCGUCGUUGUAUGUCUGCUGCCGAGUGAAAAUUGUGUUUAUGUUGCUAUGUUCCAUUUUUUCCUAAUCUGUUGAAGACCAAUGAGCGGCCAUCGGUUCCUUUUAAGGGCAGUUUUUCUGUGAUUAUGGUGUUAUCUAUGUUAUUCACUAGGACUAUGAGUAUCAUCAAGCUCCGUGUGGAGUGUCUAUGAUGUGGGACCCCCUGACCUCCCCUCGCAGUCCUGAUAUGGGGUCAAAGGCUUCGAAAUCGGAGAAAAUUUACGAAUUCAAACCUUUUGAUUUUCGACUUUGUGCCGAUGAUGACUCUACUGUCGGACCGUUCCCCAAACCGCGAAGUGGACAUCGAAUCGUUUGUGAUUCAUCUAAUCUGUAUUCCUUUGGGGGAUACAAUCCAUACAUCUCAGAUUCCGAUGAAGAUUUAAAAGAUGACCCUGCCUGGCAAACUUGCAAGCCAUUGUUUCAAGAGCUAUGGAAAUUCAAUUUUGCAACAUGCAAGUGGCGGAAGCUUCCCUGUCAUUCUUCCAUGCCGAAGGAGCUGGCUUCGAACGCAGUAAUUUUAGAUGGAGGAAUCUUAUUGGUCUAUGGCGGAACUGGUGUCCCAUUUGGGUUUAAGUGCAGCAAUAGUCUUUAUUACUGUGACCUGUCAAGAGGAACAGAAAUGAAGCCCGUGACACCAGUGAAGUCAGGUUCAGAACCUACCUCUCAGUAUGGUCAGGCAUUAGUACUGAAUGGACACUGGUUGUACACAAUGGGUGGGACGACAGGAUUUGUGUACAAUUCUGAUGUACAUCGAUUCAACCUGCGAACUUCAGAAUGGGAAGAGGUCUACAUUUGUAAAGGACUAAGUAGACAUGAGCCUCAAGGACGGUAUAGACAUGAGCUUGCAUUUGACGGCCAAAAAGUGUAUGUUCUGGGUGGCGGAACUGCUACUGAAUCUUAUGGCUUUGAGGAAAUUCCAGCUCUGGAUUUGGCAACUUAUAGUUGGGAAACUAUAGUGACUAAACCAGAUUUGAACUUUAAUUAUCCUACAGCUCGACGCUGUCAUGGUUGUGUCCAACUGCCUCCUGAGGGUGAUGCGAAGAAAGGUUCUGUGAUAAUCAGUGGUGGCUACAAUGGUCAAAUGAUGUUUGGAGAUGUUUGGCGUCUAGACUUGAAUGACAUGCAAUGGCAAUUCAUGAAAUGUUCAUUACAUCAACCUGUUUACUUCCAUUCUGCUGCUGUAACACCAGCUGGGAAAAUGUUUACAUUUGGUGGAAUACUGAACAAUGGUAUCCGUACCAAUGAGGUGUGCGCUGCGUGGGUCCGUAUUCCAAAGCUCUCUGAGAUGUGCUGGGAAGCUAUUCUGUUUUAUAAUCCUAGAGUUGCAACUCAACCCCGAAACAAACUUGUUAAUAUGGGAUUUCCAAAGGAAUUUGUUGAUAGACUUGAUGUCUGACAAAAUUAGUUUCCAAUUAUUCUUCAAGAAAUCAAAAUUUAGAGUUCAUUUUCCCCCCUAAUUUGGAGGUUUGUAAAUUUAAUUUGUAGCAGUGAGUGACAAAAACAUCCAAUUUGCUUCUUUACCCCAAUCGUUGUUUCAGAAAUCUCCUGCAUUUGUUUAUUUUAUAUUCAGCUGCCAACAAAGUUUACCCUUCUUCCUUCAAAUCAAAAAUUCGUAAUAGUCCUGUUAAACAUGAGGUUUGGUUGGUUUUGAUCAACAACUGAAUGCGGAAUUGUUACUCACUCCUCAUUCUUGAGGGUGGUAAACUGUAGUACAAUUUGUUAAUUGACAAAAUAGUGAAAGACAACAUCAAGCUCAAAGUAAGCAAGAAUUUAAAUCAAAAAGAAAUGUUUACGUAGCUCAUUACGUUUUUUAACACAACCAUUGGUUUCUUUACCAAUUUUCAUGAGCAUUUUGUUGUAGCAUGUUAUGACACAAUUUAUUUUGUGCAGUAUUUUCUAAACAAAACAAGCAGAAUUCUUUUUUGGUGCCAAUUUUGAUAAAUGAAAGUAUACUCAUCUUACUUUGUACGUGUGUUUAUUUCAAAAAUGGUGUAUUUUGCUGAAAUUCUAUUGGAUACUCUGUUUGUUUCCAACCAUCACUGUUGUGACAUAGGUAAUUAUCUAAUUGCUUUUUUGUUUUUGUUGGUAAGUGAUAGGUAAGAAAGAUGUAAUUUGAAAGAUCUUUUGUAAAAUUUUUGUUAAGUUUAGUAGUCACUGUUGUUAAUAUUAUUCUUGUCAGUGUUAACCCUCUAUAAGGUGAUGGCUUAUUAGUAACCAUCACUAAAAUCAUAUGUACAUCAUAUCAUAGGAAAUGCAAGAAGAAAGCUAAAAUAGUGUAUGUGAUUUAAAUGCAUCAUGAAUUUUAUACAACCAACAGAAUAAUUGCAAUCUAUUGAAAUAUUUAACAUUUCUGAUUGUUAACUUUUGUACUGGUCAGUUGAUAUUUCUUUUUAAAGCGAGGUAAUCUAAUCUAAUCUAAUGCUGUAUAGACUCUCCUCAUCUUCUGAAGAAAAAUUUGCUCUCUGCAUUUUUCAAGAAAACUUUCAAAGUUCUUUUUUUCUAUAAGUUGAUACAAAAUUUUUGAACUAUUAUGUACAUUUUUUCUGAGACCGUUUUUCAGGAAAAUACAAGAUAUUUGUAUCCUAUUUGAUUAUAAAAUGGUAGAGUAAAUUUUGUUGUAGAAGAUUGAAAA